CUUCGCCAUGAGAACACCAACGCCUGUUUCGGUGUUGCUUGCUGUAAUUUCAACAACCACAGCUGCAAGAAUAUUGGCCUUAUUUCCCAUGCCGUCUAUAAGCCAUCAAGUGGUCUUUCGCCAAAUAACUCGGGAAUUAGUGAAUCGAGGACAUGAAGUUGUGGUUAUAACAACUGACCCAGAAUACAAUACAGGAAAAACUCCAGCCAAUCUCACUGAAAUAGACGUCCAUGAUGUAGGCUACCAAACAUGGGUGAAAGUUAUUACAAAAGAAUUAGCCGGUAAUCCUGCUGACAUGGUAACUCAAAUGAAGGCUCUUAUCAAAUCCAUUGGUAGCUUCUUUGAAGCUGAAAUGCAAACUGAAGUAGUCAAGGAACUUAUAAAUAAGGAGAAAGGCAAUUUUGAUCUUCUCAUUACAGAAUUAUGUAUACGACCAAGCUUAGGGUUUUCCCAUAUAUUCAAAGUACCUUUGAUUCAGGUAAGUACAAUGGGUUCUGUUCUAUACAACGAUGAUGUGAUAGGAUCUACAACACAUCCUAUAUAUUAUCCAAACAGUUUUAACAGAAGAGUCUACAACUUGACGAUGCUAGAGAAGAUUGAAGUAAUAUGGAAUGAUUGGAGGCUGAAGUCAUAUUACAAGUCACUAGAGGAAGAAGAGCAUGAAAUGAUGAAAAGAAUAUUUGGUGCAGAUGUUUCACCGUUAAAUGAAUUGAAGGAAAAUGUUCAUAUGACCAUGUUAAAUAUCCAUCCAAUAUGGACGGACAAUCAGCCUGUUCCACCAAGUCUUGUUUACAUAGGAGGUAUACAUAAGAGCCCAGUGAAGCCUUUGCCAGAGGAUUUACAAACUUACCUGAAUUCUUCAAAAAAUGGUGUUAUAUACGUGAGUUUUGGAACAAAUUCGAUACCAUCUCGUUUUGAUUCCGAAGAUCUGAAGGUACUACUCGGAGUAUUGUCAAAGCUUAAAUACAAUGUUUUGUUGAAAUGGGAUCAAGACCAUCUUCCUUACGAUUGUAAAAACAUUAAAAUUGCUAAAUGGUUUCCACAAUCGGACUUAUUGCGACAUCCGAAGGUUAAACUUUUUAUAACACAAGGAGGUCUUCAAUCGACCGACGAAGCCAUUAUUGGUGGUGUCCCUUUGAUAGGAAUACCGAUUAUGGGUGAUCAAUAUUAUAAUGCGGAAAAGUAUGAACAUCAUAAAAUCGGGAAGAAACUGGACUGGAAUAAUUUUGAUGCGAAAACUUUUAGAAAUGCAAUAGAAACUAUUAUUGGCAAUGAAAGUUACCGUAUGAAUAUCAUCAAGUUACGAAGGGUUAUGGACGAUCAGCCUCAGGAAGCACUGACCCGAGCUAUCUGGUGGAUCGAGUAUGUUCUAAGACAUGGUGGGGCCGAGCACCUUAGGCCUCCAACAGCCAACAUGCCCCUUUACGAUUAUCUCGAAAUGGACCUAGUAAUAUUUGUAGUUUCUCUUGCGUUUGCUACAAUUUCUGCUAUAGUAAUAAUUGCGUGCUUAUUAUGGAAAUUUUGUUGUAAACGUGAUAAUGUUGUUAAUGAAAAACAUAAAAAAAUGACUACGACAAUCAAGCUUAUAUUCGCCUUAGCAGUGAUCGCGCUUACGGCGGCGUACUCCGACCUUGACGACAAGCUGGUGAUAGAAACCGUAGUCAAGGAGCCUUCACUCAUGAGGCAGUACACCGACUGCUUCCUCGACAAAGGACCCUGUACUGCGCCGAUGAACGGUUAUAAAAGUCACAUGAUAGAGGCUGUAUUUGAUGGAUGCAGAGAAUGUAACGACAUAGAGAGGCACAUGUUGAGGGUCUACCUUCAGACCCUGAGAGACCAGUUCCCAACAGACUACACAGAAUUCAAGGGGAAGUUUGACAAGAACAACCACCUGGACACCACUUUCGCUACUAUUAAGAAAUAUUAAGACUU